CCGAACUUCGGCACGAGCAGUGCAGCCACGGGAUCUAGACUUUGAAUUUAGUUUCAUACAAUUGCAUCCUGAUACCAUGUUCCUCUCGCGCCUCAUAACGACUGCAAAACAAUUCUCCACAUCCGCCGUCACCAGUUUCCCAAAACUCAAGACGCACAGCGGUACAAAAAAAAGGUGGAGGGCGUUAAGCAAUGGCAAGUUCAAACGCGCACACGCAGCACACGCGCAUUUGAACGUCACUAAGAGACCAGGGCGUAAGAACGCACUAUGCCAGACGGCGUAUUCCAGCGGGGCGCAGACACCAACACUGAAAAAACUCAUGCCCUACGCCUAGCCCUACUUAUUCUAUAGGUCGGUUCCUCGUUUUGAGCUGGGGAGCAUUGCGCUCAUCACCUUCAGAUACUCUGUACUUUCUAUAUAAUCAACAUUUGUUUUAUCAAGAGUGCAUGUCUGCAAUAUACAUGACACUGUCGACAACAUAU